CGGGAAGGGUAGCCCAGGGCGACUGGGAGGAUCUACUCCCUGCCGCGGCUCUCCCUCAAGUGGACUGCCUUCCCGCCUGCCUGGCGGUGGGAGGGCGCGGCAGAGGGACGUCACAUCCGGGCGGGUUGGUGAGUUCCGGUAUUUCAGGGCGUAGCAGGCGGAAGUAAGGGUGAGAGGAGGCUGCAACGCCGAGCGGAGGAGGCAGGAACCGGAGCGCGAGCAGUAGCUGGGUGGGCACCAUGGCUGGGAUCACCACCAUCGAGGCGGUGAAGCGCAAGAUCCAGGUUCUGCAGCAGCAGGCAGAUGAUGCAGAGGAGCGAGCUGAGCGCCUCCAGCGAGAAGUUGAGGGAGAAAGGCGGGCCCGGGAACAGGCUGAGGCUGAGGUGGCCUCCUUGAACCGUAGGAUCCAGCUUGUUGAAGAAGAGCUGGACCGUGCUCAGGAACGCCUGGCCACUGCCCUGCAAAAGCUGGAAGAAGCGGAAAAAGCUGCUGAUGAGAGUGAGAGAGGUAUGAAGGUUAUUGAAAACCGGGCCUUAAAAGAUGAAGAAAAGAUGGAACUCCAGGAAAUCCAGCUCAAAGAAGCUAAGCACAUUGCAGAAGAGGCAGAUAGGAAGUAUGAAGAGGUGGCUCGUAAGUUGGUGAUCAUUGAAGGAGACUUGGAACGCACAGAGGAACGAGCUGAGCUGGCAGAGUCCCGUUGCCGAGAGAUGGAUGAGCAGAUUAGACUGAUGGACCAGAACCUGAAGUGUCUGAGUGCUGCUGAAGAAAAGUACUCUCAAAAAGAAGACAAAUAUGAGGAAGAAAUCAAGAUUCUUACUGAUAAACUCAAGGAGGCAGAGACCCGUGCUGAGUUUGCUGAGAGAUCGGUAGCCAAGCUGGAAAAGACAAUUGAUGACUUGGAAGAUGAGCUCUAUGCCCAGAAACUGAAGUACAAGGCCAUUAGCGAGGAGCUGGACCACGCCCUCAAUGACAUGACCUCUAUAUAAACUGAAAUGCACCAAAGAGGAGCACCUCUGUACACAAAGGAUGCUGGACCAGACCCUGCUUGACCUGAAUGAGAUGUAGAACGCCCCAGUCCCACCCUGCUGCUGCUCCUCCCUCUGACCCAGACUCCGCCUGAGGCCAGCCUGCCGGAAGCUGACCUUUAACUGAGGGCCGAUCUUUAACUGGAAGGCUGCUUUCUCCUUUCGCCACCCCCUCCUUCCCUGUGUCUUUUUCGCCAAACUGUCUCUGCCUCUUCCUGGAGAAUCCAGCUGGGCUAGAGGCUGAGCACCUUUGGAAACAACAUUUAAGGGAAUGUGAGCACAAUGCAUAAUGUCUUUAAAAAGCAUGUUGUGAUGUACACAUUUUGUAAUUACCUUUUUUGUUGUUUUGUAGCAACCAUUUGUAAAACAUUCCAAAUAAUUCCACGGCCCUGAAGCAGCAAUCGAAUCCCUUUCUCGCUUUUGGAAGGUGACUUUUCACCUUAAUGCAUAUUCCCCUCUCCAUAGAGGAGAGGAAAAGGUAUAGGCCUGCCUUACUGAGAGCCAAACAGAGCCCAGAGAGACUCCAUUAUGGGAAACCUCAUUGCUCUGUACAAAGUACUAGGUAAACCAGAAAGGUGAUUCCAGGAGGAGUUAGCCAAACAACAACAAAAACAAAAAAUGUGCUGUUCAAGUUUUCAGCUUUAAGAUAUCUUUGGAUAAUGUUAUUUCUACUUUUUAUUUUUUUUCAUUAGAAGUGACCAAAUUAAGAUGGUAAGACCUCUGAGACCAAAAUUUUGUCCCAUCUCUACCCCCUCCCAACUGCUUACAGAAUGGAUCAUGUCCCCCUUAUGUUGAGGUGACCACUUAAUUGCUUUCCUGCCUCCUUGAAAGAAACAAAGAAAGAAGAUUGUGUUUUUGCCACUGAUUUAGCCAUGUGAAACUCAUCUCAUUACCCUUUUCUGGGUUUGAAGCUGCUGUCUCUAGAAGUGCCAUCUCAUUGUGCUUUGUAUCAGUCAGUGCUGGAGAAAUCUUGAAUAGCUUAUGUACAAAACUUUUUAAAUUUUGUAUUAUUUUGAAACUUUGCUUCUUUGGGUUUGUGGCACCCUGGCCACCCCAUCUGACUGUGACAGCCUCUGCAGUCUGUGGGCUGGCAGUUUGUUGAUCUUUUAAAGUUUCUUUCCCUACCCAGUCCCCAUUUUCUGGUAAGGUUUCUAGGAGGUCUGUUAGGUGUACAUCCUGCAGCUUAUUGGCUUAAAAUGUACUCUCCUUUUAUGUGGUCUCUUUCAGGCCGAUUGGGAGAAAGAGAAAUCAAUAGUGCAACUGUUUUGAUACUGAAUAUUGACAAGUGUCUUUUUGAAAUAAAGAACCAGUCCCUCCAA